CAUAUUGUCGUACUCAGAACAUCGCAUUUUCCUGUUUCUGACCCAUAACAAUUGCAGAUAAACAUCGAUAAUUAACCAUCUGAACUCUAAUUGUGAAUGUAUAUCGUUAUCAGUGUUGCCUCGACAGUUUUGGGCCUCAAGCAGAAGAAAAAUUAUGCCUAGUACGACAAUAUGGUAACGCUGGUUGUGAACUUGCGAGCGACGAUGCGAGUCAGUGCUCCGUCCACCACCAUCGAGGCAGGAUGUACGGCGGUGCUCUCCCUCCUCCUCCACCUCCUGAGUAUUCCUGGCGGGCAGCGAUGAGCAAGCAGAAGAGACGCAACGCCUUCUUCUUCUACUUCAUGAUGGCCAAGAAACCCGAAGUGGAGAAGCGGCUCAAGAGAAAGGUGGAGAUGGCCAAGCUGGUGACGGCGGAGUGGCAGGCACUCCCAGAGGAACAGUGGAAGAAGUACCAGCUGAUGACCGGGGAAAGCAGGGAGAGGCUGGAUUGCCGAGGGGUGACGCUGCGCUGCCUUGACGAGGCUGCCCAGGAGAAAAAGCACCAGGCCGAGGAGAUGAAGAGGGACACUGUCGACUUGGUGGACAUUAUGUGUGUGUGUGUGUGUGUGUGUGUGUGUGUGUGUGUGUGUGUGUGUGUAUCACAACCUAGUUCAGACCUCACCAAAGCAUGCAUUGUGUUCAAGUGAUCUCAUACAAGCAAGCAUAUUAACCCGGCAGCAGCGACGGGUCAAAUUUGUGCCAUGAUAUAAUUAUACCUCCCAAAAUAGAUGAUGCAUAAACUGAUCACAAAUGCUUUGAUAUAUAUUAUGAAAUGGUUUGUGUGAGGGGUGAUUUUUUCUCAUUUUUCUCGCUCAGAGGGACCAUUAAGAAACAUGAUCCACCACCGCCUGGUUAAUAUGUGCCGCCGACGAUCUGUUCAGCAGGAUGCAGCGUGCUCUGAGGCGACCCCGGGCAGGAGGCAACAUGUGACCUCGUGCGCCAAACCUUUGACCUCUAUUCAGAAGCAGUAAGUAGCGGGCUUUUUUUAUUUUUUUUUAUGCCCUGGAACUGUCUCCUUAGCUGUAAAAAAAAAAAAAAAAUACUGACUCAUUGCCGUCCUGGGGUGAACAGACUGUGAUCCAGGUGAACGUAUUACUCGGGUAGCUUAUUCACUGAGGCGUGUGUUGCCGGCGAGAAAAUGAGUCAUCCUCACUCUGCUCCGAGUCUAUUAUGGAACAUUAUCUCUCUCUCUCUCUCUCUCUCUCUCUCUCUCUCUCUCUCUCUCUCUCUCUCUCUCUCGGCCCACAUUUCGACCGCCACACACAUUUGACCAGGCUUUUCUAGGAGUUGUGGGCAUUUCCAGGGGUAGCUUUGUGACCCUUCCUCUGUACUGUGAACCUAAGAAAACACACAUUUGACCAGGCUUUCCUAGAAGUUGUGGGCAUUUCCAGGGGUAGUUUUGUGACCCUUCCUCUGUACUGUGAACCUAAAGAAACACACAUAUGACCAGGCUUUCCUAGGAGUUGUGGGCAUUUCCAGGGAUAGUUUUGUGACCCUUCCUCUGUACUGUGAACCUAAAGAAACACACAUAUGACCAGGCUCUCCUAGGAGUUAUGGGCAUUUCCAGGGGUAGUUUUGUGACCCUUCCUCUGUACUGUGAACCUAAGAAAACACACAUUUGACAAGGCUUUCCUAGAAGUUGUGGGCGUUUCCAAGGGUAGUUUUGUGACCCUUCCUCUGUACUGUGAACCUAAAGAAACACACAUGACCAGGCUUUCCUAGGAGUUGUGGGCAUUUCCAAGGGUAGUUUUGUGACCCUUCCUCUGUACUGUGAGCCUAAGAAAACACACAUUUGACAAGGCUUUCCUAGGAGUUGUGGGCAUUUCCAGGGGUAGUUUUGUGACCCUUCCUCUGUACUGUGAACGUAAAGAAACACACAUAUGACCAGGCUUUCCUAGGAGUUGUGGGCAUUUCCAGGGGUAGUUUUUGACCCUUCCUCUGUACUGUGAAACUAAAGAAACACACAUAUGACCAGGCUUUCCUAGGAGUUAUGGGCAUUUCCAGGGGU